CGCGGGGGGCCGCGGGGGCGGACCGAGGGGCCGCGGGUCCGGGAGGAAGGGCGGGAUCAUGGCUCCGGCGGCGGCGGCGGCGGGGCGCGGCUGAGCGGCCGCCAUGGUGCACUCCCGCCGCGUGCAGCCGCAGCCCCCGGGGGCCGCCCCGAGCCCCGCUGCCCGGGCCCCGCGCCCCGGCCGCCUGCUGGCGGGCUCCCCGGGUCUGGAGCUGGAGAUGGAGCGGAUCAGGCGGGCGGCGGCGCGGGACCCACCGGCCGGGGCCUCGGCCUCCCCGUCGCCGCCGCCGUCGGCCUGCUCGCGCCAGGCGUGGAGCCGCGACAACCCGGGCUUCGAGGCCGAGGAGGACGACGACGAGGACGUGGAGGGCGAGGACGGCGGCAUGGUAGUGGAGAUGGACGUGGAGUGGCGGCCCGGCAGUCGCAGGGCGGUCGCCUCGUCCGCGGGGAGCUCGGCCCGGGGCCGCGGGCUCGGGGGCUUCCCGGGAGGGGCCUCCGCGAGCGGCCGGCGCCAGCGGCCCGACGAGCCGGGCUCCCCGAGCGCGGGCCCGGCCGGGGGGGACCCGCGCCUCAGCCCCCGCCUCCCGUUGGACGCGCAGCCGCCUCGGGCCUGGGCCGCCCGCUUGGCGCGCGGGCUGCGAGGUCUCUGGGGCACGAGGUUCAUGCAGGAGAACAGUACAAGCCGGGAGAAGUACCUGCAAAGCGUCCUGCGGGAGCUGCUCACGUACCUCCUCUUCCUCCUGGUCCUGUGCAUCUUGACAUAUGGGAUGAUGGGUUCCAGCAUGUACUACUACACCCGGCUUAUGGCCCAGCUCUUCUUAGACACGCCGGUGUCCAAAUCGGAGAAAACCAGCUUCAAAACCCUUUCUUCCAUGGAAGACUUCUGGAAGUUCACCGAGGGUGCCCUGCUGGACGGGCUGUACUGGAAGGCCCGGCCCGGGCAGGGGGCGGAAGCCAAUGGCCGAGACAACCAGAGCUUCAUCUACUCUGAGAACCUGCUGCUGGGAGUGGCGCGCCUCCGGCAGCUGCGGGUCAGAAAUGGCUCCUGCUCCAUCCCCCCCGACCUGAGGGAGGACAUCAAGGAGUGCUACGACAUCUACUCCUCAGGCAGUGAGGACAGGGCGCCAUUUGGCCCCCGGAACGGGACUGCCUGGACCUACACGAGUGAGAAGGACCUGAAUGGGAGCAGCCACUGGGGCGUGGUCACCACGUAUAGCGGCGCCGGCUACUACUUGGACCUGGCACGCACAAGAGAGCAGGCAGCGGCUCAGGUGGCUCAGCUCAGGACUCACGGCUGGCUGGACCGCGGCUCCAGGGCCACCUUCAUCGACUUCUCCGUGUACAAUGCCAACAUCAACCUGUUCUGCGUGGUCAGGCUGCUGGUGGAGUUCCCAGCCACGGGCGGCGUGGUCCCGUCCUGGCAGCUCCAACCCGUGAAGCCGAUCCACUACGUCAGUGCUCUGGAGCGCUUCCUGGGCACCUGUGAGAUUGUCUUCUGCAUCUUCAUCCUUUACUAUGUGGUGGAGGAGGCCCUGGAGAUCCGUAUCCACAGGCUGCACUACUUCUGGAACUUCUGGAACUGCCUGGACGUCGUGAUUGUGGCGCUCUCUGUGGUGGCCAUCGCCAUCAGCAUCCAUAGGACAGCCAACGGGGGGCUGCUUCUGCGCUCCCUGGAGGACCAGAACACCUUCCCCAACCUGGAGCACCUGGCCUACUGGCAGGUCCAGUUCAACAACGUAACCGCUGUCCUCGUCUUCUUUGUCUGGAUCAAGCUGUUCAGAUUCAUCAACUUCAACAGGACCAUGAGUCAGCUCUCCACAACCAUGUCCCGCUGUGCCAAAGACCUCUGUGGCUUUGCCAUUAUGUUUUUCAUCAUCUUCUUAGCCUACGCUCAGCUGGCAUACCUUGUCUUUGGCACGCAGGUGGAUGACUUCAGUACCUUCCAAGAGUGUAUCUUCACUCAAUUCCGUAUCAUUUUGGGUGAUGUCAACUUCGCAGAGAUUGAGGAAGCUAACCGAGUUUUGGGACCAAUUUAUUUCACUACAUUUGUGUUCUUUAUGUUCUUCAUUCUUUUGAAUAUGUUCUUGGCCAUCAUCAACGAUACUUACUCUGAAGUUAAAUCAGAUUUGGCACAGCAAAAAGCUGAAAUGGAACUCUCAGAUCUUAUCCGAAAGGGCUACCAUAAGGCUUUGAUCAAGCUCAAGCUGAGGAAAAACACUGUGGAUGAUAUUUCAGAGUGUCUGCGACAGGGGGGAGGCAAAUUAAACUUUGAUGAACUUCGACAAGACCUCAAAGGGAAGGGCCACACGGAUGCAGAGAUUGAAGCCAUAUUCACAAAGUACGACCAGGAUGGAGACCAAGAGUUGAACGAGCACGACCAUCAGCAGAUGAGAGACGACCUGGAAAGAGAGAGGGAGGACCUGGACCUGGACCACAGCUCCUUGCCUCGCCCCAUGAGCAGUCGGAGCUUUCCCCGGAGCCUGGAUGACUCUGAGGAGGAGGACGAUGAGGACAGUGGCCACAGCUCCCGGCGCAGGGCCAGCAUCUCCAGUGGCGUGUCCUACGAGGAGUUCCAAGUCCUGGUGAGGCGGGUGGACCGCAUGGAGCACUCCAUUGGCAGCAUCGUGUCCAAGAUCGACGCCGUGAUCGUCAAGCUGGAGAUCAUGGAGCGCGCCAAGCUGAAGAGGAGAGAGGUGCUGGGCCGACUGUUGGACGGCGUGGCGGAGGAUGAGAGGCUGGGCCGAGACACUGAGGUCCACAGGGAGCAGAUGGAGCGGCUGGUGCGUGAGGAGCUGGAGCGCUGGGAGUCUGAGGACGCAGCCACCCAGAGUGCCCAGGGGGGCAGCCCAGGCACCCCCCACAACCAGCCUCGCCCCCAAAGUGCCCACCCCUCUUCAUCCCAGUCAGCAGAGGGGCUGGAAGGCGCCUGUGGCAACAGCCAGGUAUAGGCCCCACUUAAAGAUACCCUCAAAAGACUGCUGCUCAAGUCCUCUCACCUCCACCUUGGGACCAGCCCUUCAUUCUGCACUGUAACUUAUUUUUGAUCAACUCCACCCAUGGAUCAAAGAUUUUUUUUCUCUCAUAGAAGAAAUGUAGGUAUAACUAUUGAAAGAGAAAUCCGAUAAAGUAUACUGAGUCACUAGUUACCAUGGCUGGACCUUCUCAGUGGAUAAGGAAGUAGCCUUUCACAUCAAGGAGACAAAUGACAAAAGGCUUGAGUUUUCAUUCGAGUCACAGACACCAGUGUUGUCAUCUUGCCCACUGUGUGAAGGGAAGGUAUAGGCGGGCAUUCCCACUCAGACUUAGCUUCCUCCUUUUUAUUUUCAUUUUCUUUCCCACCAGGGUUAUUGCUAGAGCUUAGUGCCUACACAACUCUGCUGUUCCCAGCAGCCAUGUUUUUGUGUUACAGUGGGAGAUGCAGAGAGGGAGAAAGCAAGGCAGAGACAGAGACACCUGCAGCACUGCUCAUGAAGCUUCCCCCUUGUCAGUGGAAAUGGGGCCCUGAACCCAGGUCCUAGAACAUGCUAACCCACCACCUGACCCUGUGUAACAUCCUUUUAAGAAAGGAGCUUAUUCUAACUCCCUUCCUGGGGUAAACUUUGCUAAAAACAUGAACUAGGAUAACUCCCAGGUAUAGGAUGGAUGACAGUCACUAUGCUGGAGUUUGUAUGAAUACUCUGGUUGGUUGGUUUUGUUAUUUUAUCCCAUCUGAUGACUAUGGAACUAACUGUAUCACUUAGAUUUUGACACUGUUUUUGCUCUUGUUUGAAAUGAGCUGUGUGAAGCCACCAAAGAUCUAGUAAAGCUAAAAAUGGGAUUUCUCACCAUGCCAUAGGAGAAUUAGAAUGUGUCCAAUUACUGUCUGGAAUUUCCUAAGCAUUAGGUGAACAUAAAAAACUAUUUAUUCAUAUAUCCUCUUCCCAUGUCACUCAACUUCUCUGCAACUUCUUAGUGUCAUCACUAAUUUAGCAAGAACAACUGAAUAUAUUUUUUAGUGAGCACCAGGAAUUUUACUGCAAAUAUGGCCAGUUUAUACAAAGUCUUAAGACACAUACAGAAAUUUUUCUAGAGGUUGCCAUAGAAAAACACAACUACAGCUUGUCAUGCCGGUUUAUGGAUACAGAACUCAAGUGCUCUUGAGCUGACACUGCAAAGCUGGUGUUUAGUAUCGGGAUGGAGCUCAGUGUCAUCAAAGUUCACGGUUAGGGGUCAGCAGGGUCUAAAAUGGCAGAUUUCUUUUUUUCUUUGUUAGGACAGAGUCUGUGUCAAAUUGACAGGGAAGGAAUUUAUUUCUGAACAAAAAAAGGAAAGUAGUGAGUAAGGCCAUCUUUUCAGAACUACUGUGACAAGCCAGAGAGAAUACAGUGCGUGGAGUAGCUCUCCCCUAGAGAACAAUGGAAGAGAGGCAUGUUUUGAUGAGACAUGUAAAGUCCACACAGUCUUGGAGCUGACAGAGUGUCAGUCUCAUCUUCACAGAAAACAUGAGCAGACAAGCCUGACCACUUCCUGAAGUCAGCUUCUAUAGAAGUGAUAACAACACGGAGUUUCCUCAGCAGUCACUUCCUGCUGCCUAGCUUCCCGCUGUCGUCCUGAGUACAGUGUGCAAAAUUCUGUUACCAGGUACUGAAGUUUAAGUUCCAGGGAUGUUAAGUUUGUGUAUGUAUGUGUAUGUACCAUGUUGUUACAUGUAAACAAACUUCGAUUUGAAGUGCAGCCAUUAUGUGGUAUCCAUGUAUACUGACGGUGCCAUACGUCGAUUAUGGACACUAGAAAGUCUCUGUGACAGUUAGCGUUAUCCUGCUUUUUCAUGUCACCUGUAAAAUUUUGCCAAACUCCCUCUAUUUCCCCCUAGGUUACCUGUUUCUUUAUAAAUCAUGGCAAAUUCCCUCCUCAGUCCUCCCUCCCUCGUCCUCUUACCCUCUAUGUUAUUAUUACUAAGAAGAUGGUACUAUGCAAAACCUUCUCGACAAUCGAGAAUUUCCUUAAUGUGUAAUAUUGAGCACUUUAUUUCUUAAUAAAAACUUGACGUA